AUGAGCAGUACAUCCGCCGACGCACUGCUGCAGAGCGCGGAGAAAAAGGCGUCUAAAAACGGCGGCUGGUUUUCUUCCACGCAGAGCAUACACGAGGAGGCGGUCGAGCUAUUUAAGGAGGCCGCAAACAAGUUCCGUGUAGAGAACCGCAUGAGCGAAGCCGGCCAGGCGUUGGUACGCGCGGCCGACAUGGAAGUGAUGCUGAACGAGAAGGACUUUGCGGCAAACACGUACUAUGAAGCGAGCAAGUGUUUCCGCAUGAACCGUCCUGAUCAGGCGCUCAUGGCACUCGACCGAUGUGCGGAAAUAUUAGUGCAGCGCGGUCGUUUCCGUCAGGCUGCGGACCGGAAGAAGAACAUGGCCGAGCUCUACCGCGAAGACCCGAGCCGUUUUGGACAGGGCCUGAUUGCGUAUGAGCAGGCAGCUACGUGGUAUAUGCAGGAGGGCGCGAAUGCGACGGCUUCAGCUUGUCAACGCGAAGCCGCGCAGCUUGCGAUUCAGCUGGAGCAGUACCCCAAGGCGAUCGAGAUGUGGGAGCAGGUGGCAACCGCGAGCCUCGGCAGCAAUUUGACAAAGUACAGUGUAAAGGACUACUUUCUCAAUGCGGGCUUGUGCUACCUUGCGAUACCGGACACGGCCGCGGCAGCACGCGCCAUGUCUUUUUACGCGGAACAGGAUUCAGGCUUCCCUUCGACCACAGAGGGCCAGUUUUUGCACGCGAUAUUACAGACAUCGGAGCACGGGGAGCUUGAGACAUUCGACCGACGUGUCCAGGAGUUCGAUCGUAUGAAACCCAUUACGGGCUGGCGUGCUACGUUGCUGCAAAAUGUGCGCAAGGCUGUGGCGGACGAGCCGGAUCUAUCGUAG